AUGGCAAGUGACAAAUGCAGAAGUGCCGCUUGUGUCGGCAAGUUCAUGUGUGUAGUCCCGCCGAAGGUGCUUAAUAGCUCCGGACGAGCCUCGAGAGACACUGCCGCAAAAGACUUGCAUGAUGCCCUUUCUGCACUGGAGUUUCAGAAAUCUUCGCGAGCAAUUGAAGGUGGCGGUGUUGCAAUUUCUGUCGGGCCCGCAAUUCAGGCUUUUACUGAUAACGAGGUCAUAGUUUCUUUUUGCGGGCAUCUCACAAACGUUGACUAUCUUGCCUGGCGCCUGUUUAGCCCAGAGGGACGUAGAGGUGAAGCAAUCACACAAAGUCCUUUAUUGGCCGCAAGUAAACUUGUUGGAGGCAGAUGCUACGAGGCCGAGCUUAUCUGCCACAUGUAUAAAGCUUUUGGGACCAAAUCACUUCCAAAACUUCGUGGAAGAUUUUCAUUCGCUUGCUUUGACUCGCGUUCAGUGCGCUUGUUUGCUGCUCGAGACCCCUCAGGAACAUAUCCGCUCAUGUAUGGCAGGGACGUGGACGGAACAGUUGUUAUUGCGAAUUUCGAUUCGGCUAAUGCAAUGUUUAGAAGUGUGAGAAGCUCCAAACUUAACGUGGUCCCUGCAGGUUGUUUCAUCUAUGGACACCGAAGGAUCACACCUCAACGAUAUGCGAAUGACGAGGCCGUGUCGCAAAUCGAGGCCGCAGCAGCCGCAGACGCGGCCGCAAAUGCAUUACGCGGGCUUGCGCCAAUUAGCAGGAAAUUUGAUGAUACCUCAUUCGUUGACGGGAAAUCUAGUAUUUCAAAGUCACAGGAGGGUGGAUGUGCUUCAGGCGAUCCAACAGCUUCCAUAUGUUCGUUUGGCGAGAAUGAGCCUGCAGAUUCAACAAAUUUACCUCCGCCCCUUUGCGCGGCGGCGAGUCAAUGCAGCUCACAACACAAUUGUACUACUGAGGAUGGCCCUGAAAAUGAGCGAGAAAAGGAACCAGAGCUGUCAUUCGAAGAUGGAUCUCUCCUUGACGGACUUGAAAUAACGGCAAAUCUUGACACGGUUGGGGAGAAGCGCCUCCCUCUUGAGCCAGGAACCUUGGAAGAUCAUCGUCAAGCUGAAACCGUUGCCGUCAAGGCAGCGGAAGCAGCGCUGAGACGCAUUGCAUCUGGUGCAAAGAUGAAGGGAAUGGUACGCAUGGAUUCAUCAAACGCUCUCCAAUCUCUUUGUCUUGACGUUUCAGGUGUAACGAAGCAACGAAUGCAUGACGUUGCAAGCUUGCACGAACCAGAAGGAAUGAAGAUACACAGGAUACCUAGUCGAAGUGGAAAUAUUGGGUCUAUGGUAAAAGUUGCAAGCUUUGGAAAUCUUGGAAAUGUCCACAAAGUUGGCAGCCUCAGUGACUUGCACCAUGCAGGGGCACCUGGUGCCAGCAAUUUACACACAGAGGCAAGCGCCGGGACGAGGGUGGAUGAUGCACCAUUAACAGCUGGUGGAUAUAAGAGUUUCAACUGGGCAGAUAUGUCACUGCUGAUAAUUUCGAAUUCCGCACACGAGGAAGAAUGAAUCAUAUUUAUAUUUCAAUAUUU